AUGGAACAUGCCGCCACAAGACCCUCUAAACCAUCCUCAAACAUAUCCGAAAUUGUGUCCAAAUUUGCAAAAGUUUGUAAAUUGAGAUCCAUUGGUGUCAUCUCCUCUGAAAAUGCCAACCAGAAAAACCACAACCAUCACAAUUACCACAACCCAAAUAACAAUACUUCCUCAUUGGGUGAGGAUAGCAGCGAUGCAACUGAGGAGACAGAAUGUUAUGGAGAGAAGGUUCAUCCUCAGCCAGUUGAAGUUUUGGGAAGAAGUAAUGUCUGUGCUGACGGGGAGAUUAUGAAGUUAUUUGAUAGAGUUUCAGCGCUGAAAUUGGCUUAUGUUCAGCUUCAGGAGGCCCAUAUUCCCUAUAAACCAGAAAAAAUUAUGGCUGCUGAUGAACUUGUUGUGGCUCAGCUUGAAGUGCUUUGCAAGAUUAAGCAUGCAUACAAGGAGAAGAAAGUCACAAACAAAGCUAAGCUUGAUUCCUCUGCAAGCAGUCACUUGCUAGUGGAAAUUGAAUCUAGUGAGAGGCUGUUGGAAGACUUGAAGUCCCAAGUCAAUGCUAAAGACUCUGAGAUUCUUCGCCUGAAACAAGAGCUUCAGGAGUUGGAGUUGGCAAAUGUGGGACUGGUUGAGAAGAUGAGGCAAAUAAGUAAGGAGAAGAAGAAUGCAAGGGUUUUGAGCAUGACAACUCUGGAAGAUGCUUUCAAAGCCUCUUCUAAGUCCAUCCAUGAUUUUGCAAAGCCUUUAAUUAGCUUGAUGAAAGCUUCAGGUUGGGAUCUAGAUCUGGCAGCGAAAUCAAUUGAAGAUGCAGUUGUUUAUUCCAAAAGGUCCCACAAGAAGUAUGCAUUUGAAGCCUACAUAGCGAGGAUAAUGUUUUUUGGGAUUGCAUUUAAAUCCUAUAAUAUAGAUGCUGUUAUGAGGUUUGACGAUCCAAUUGACACUCUUACAGAAUAUCCAAAUUCAGAUUUUGCUGAAUUCUGCAGAAAAAAGUAUCCAUUGGUUGUUCAUCCAAUGCUGGAAGCGUCAUUCUUUGGAAAUCUUGAUCACAGGGCAUUUGUGUUGAGUGGCAAGCAUCCCAGGACACCGUUCUACCAUAUAUUUGCAAAGAUGGCAAAGUGGGUCUGGGUUUUACAAGGCAUUGCAGCCUCAAUAGAUCCUCAGGCAAAAAUAUUUACUGUUGACAGAGGAAGCAAAUUCUCAGAUGUUCAUAUGGAAUCUGUUGAGGAUUUGGAAGGUGCUACUGUGGCUGAUCAAGAACAAGCUAUUCCCAGAGUUGAGCUUAUGGUCAUGCCUGGUUUUAAAAUUGGAGAGUCAUUCAUGAGGUCUCGGGUGUAUCUUUCAGAUCUGAGAUAA